AUGAUUAGGCAAGAUACUGACAAUUUUGAGGGAAUGGUUGGCCCUGAAGCAUAUGCGCCUGCGCGGGAUUCAGGUGGGAGAGAGCGUGGGCAUUCGGUACGGGACCGCCAGGACCAGCCGUCCCAGCGCCCGGGGGCAUCCCACCCAUCAUCGGACCAGCCUGGCUCACUUGAGGUCCUCCCGGCGCCGAUACACCAGGGUGCAUUUGCUGUACCAUUCCGGGUCCCGGGUGUCCACUUGGAUGUUGGCCGGCCAUUGGGUGACCCGGGGGGAAUCCAUGCUGCGGCAUGCCUUGGUGGGCAGGGAACGGCUGCGUCAUCAUCAUUGCUGAGCAACGAAGUCACCACUAAGGGGAGACUUCCAAACAGAUCGCGACAGUGA